CCAAGCGUUCGCUUUGAUAAAUUGUUGCCACGAAUUUUAAUUAAACCUCGCGUGGAGUGAAGUGCGCAAAGUGUAAUUAAUUAUAAUGAAGUGCUUCGAUGCUGCGUUGAGUACCGGGACCUUGAAAAUCACUCAAAGUGCAGCACAAAUAAGUCAAAUGAUGUCGCUGAGGGGAGCAAGUUCUCGUGGUGCUCUCCUAUUUGCCGCCAAAAAUAAUGGAGUGGCGAGAAAAAACAAAAAAAACAACAACAACAAACAACCGAAACAUGCAAAUUUGUUUUUGGAUUUGCUAAAAAGACUCCAGAACGAUGAUGUAAUGCCGUUUGUGCCAGAUUUUUUGGACUGGAUUUCUCCGUCUGCUUAAUUGUCGCCGCCCGGCAAUCUACGGCAAUAAAUUGCUGACCCAUUUUAAAAGGCGGCCCCGGCACAUUCUGUGGCAAAUAUGCACGCGGAUAACUAUACAUAUUCUCCAAGCGUCGUCCGUCUGUCAGUCAGUCAGUCAGGCUGUCUGUUUGCGAUAAAGAAGUGCAUGUAAUUACGCUUUAAAAACACAUUUGUAUGUAAAAUUGCCGGGCGCGGCCCCAACUCUUCAAAGUUCACAUUUCUAAGCCAAGAGCCAAAUGGAAUCCAGUUUUGGCCAUAAAAAAAAGGGAACGUCGACGGGCCUAAUGUUUCUCGUACUACCAACACCCCCCCAACCCAAGGAAUAUGUGCGAGGGCGGUUCCAAUCACUGCAGACUUGUCGAGCGAUCGUUAUGCACACAGGGGAAAAACAACUUGGAUAUUUUCAGGUGCACGAUAAAGUUAACCAACAUAGACCGACAGAGACCAGUGCUUAUUUCUGUCUUAUCGUCUUAUUGGAAAUGCUUGACAAUAAAUUAGAUUUUGUGCAAAUUCUAUCGUCCCCAUUGGAUCGAUCCACUCAAUGGUGUCCCAUGAUGGUGCAAAUAAUGGAAAGGAAUACGAAUACCAAAGAAGAAACACCCCAGGCAAAUCGCAGGUUCGUGUGA